UCCGGAAGUGGGGGCCGCCGCCCGGCGGAAUCCCGGCCUGGCGCGGUGGGCGUGAGUUUACUGCGGACCCCAGGAUGGCACAGGAGCAGGGGCUUGCUCCGCCUCCGAGUUCCCCGACACUUCUGGAUACUCUGCUGCAGAACCUGUACGACUUUGGAGAAACAGAAGAAACAGAACAGAAGAAGAUCAGAAAGAAAAGAGAAAACAAGAAAAAAGACGGGAGUUCAGUAGCAUCCUUGGUAGUAGAGAAAGCUCCCCUGCCUGGCUCGCUCCUAAGAAGCCAGAAGAAGAAUGCCUCUAGCUUUUUCGAGGAACUCCGAGAAGAGCUGCACUGUGCUCCUGCUGUCACCUCUCCAGAUGUACCCUCAGGACCAGAAGUCCCUGCUGCUGCGCUAUCUUCCUCUCCCACGAAGAAAACAAGGGAUCGAGUAGAAGUGGUAGAAUUUCACAGCAGACACAAAAAAAGAAAGCUGAAACAGGCACAAGAUGGGAGCACAAAGGCCAAAACUAGUGUCCUCGAGAAAGAUGUGGAUGUGCAAGAAUUUAAUCUAGAAAAGGCUCGUUUGGAAGUACACCGGUUUGGAAUCACGGGUUAUGGAAAAGGAACAGAAAGAGUCCUGGAGCAGGAACGUGCCAUUAUGCUGGGUGCUAAACCUCCCAAAAAUACUUAUGUGAAUUACAAGGUUUUGCAGGAACAAAUCAAAGAAAAACAGGCAGCAAAGGAAAAAGAAAAGAAAAUGGCCCAGGACACAGAUAUUUUCAAGAAAAAGAAGAAGAAAGGGCAAGAAGAAAGGAAAUCCAAAAAGAAGAAGUCAGCUCCCAGUAUUUUGUCAAGUGGACGGGCUGGACAAGUUGGAAAAUUCAAAAAUGGAACAUUGAUUCUGAGCCCAAGUGAUAUCAAGAAAAUAAAUUCUUCAAGAGUAGCAAAAUGAAGUAUUUUAUUAGAUAAAAAGAGGAAUGGCAACUAGCCACUGUGCUGGCCUGGACCCUUGCAAGACUUCUAGACUACUUUUAAUUCAUGUUUCAAAGACUGCUUUCUCCUAAGGGGAAAAGUCAAAUAGAACUAACAUUUCUAGUUGCUGAAGUGUCUGUUUUAAGGCACUGAACAAUUGGACCAUGUGCAGCAGGAGUGUUAAGUAAACCCACUGAAAAACAUUUGAAUAUUCUCCAGCAAGUUUCACUUUUCAUUUCUUGUUCACUGAAGUUUGAUACAUGUGACUGUAAUAAGAUUUUUCAUAAUUUUACUGUUUUGAAAACAUUAGUAAUAAACAUUAAA